AUGUCAUUUUCAGACGAAUCAACUAAAUUUGCUCGAGAUCAAGUUCAAUGGUUACUUGAAAAUCAAUGUCGGAUUCCAAUUCGUUCAAUAACACCAAUUAGUUUUUAUUAUAAAACAUCAGAUACUUUAAUUGAUGAAGCUGAUUUUUAUUAUAAAAAUAAUCAAUUAGAACAAAGUUUUAUUCUUUAUUCAAGAUAUAUUACAUUAUUUGUAGAAGAACUUAAAUUACACCAUCCAGGUUAUGCGACUGUUUCUGUAAAUGAUCGUGAACGUGUUAAAGACAUAAUUCGAUCAAAAGCUUUACCACGCGCAGAAGAAUUAAAAGAAAAAUUAAAAGAAAAAUAUGCACGUGAAUAUGAAGCAAAACAAAAAACAAUACAAGAAGAAGAAAACGCAAAAAUUGCAACUGCAUCGUCGACUUUACCACAGGCUAAUUUUCAUAAUGAAAAUGAACAAACACUUGAACAACUCAAAAAUAAUUAUGCACGAGUACCACCAGCACACGUCGCUUUAUUGACUGUACCACCGACAGAUAGUGGUUUAGUACAAAUUAAUAAAGAACCUGUCAAACCUACUUUUGAUCGUGCACGAAAGCCAAUGCCGAGCUCGACAAGUACCAGUAUGACAACACUUCGUCGCAUUGCUAUUCCUUCUGAUAUUACACCUAAAUUUCUUCAAGUCGCACAGCGAAAUACAGAUCGAAAAAUUGAAACUUGUGGUAUUCUUGCUGGUAGCAAGAGAGAUAAUCACUAUAUGAUAACACAUAUUGUUGUACCAAAGCAGAAUGGUGGACCAGAUUCAUGUGAUACAGAAAAAGAAGAAGAAAUGGUUGAAUAUGUUGCUAAUAAUAAUUUAAUCACACUUGGCUGGAUUCAUACACAUCCAACACAAACUGUAUUUUUGUCAAGUGUUGAUCUUCAUACACAUUUACCUUAUCAAAUGUUAAUGCAAGAAGCUAUUGCUAUUGUCAUUAGUCCUAAAUAUAACGAAACUGCAGUUUUUACGCUUACACCAGAUACAGGUAUUCCGAUAAUAUCAACAUGUAAAAAGGCAGGUUUUCAUGAACAUAUCAAUAAUCCACCAUUAUUCAUGGCUGCAUCACAUACAACUUAUGAUCCUGGUUUACAAUGUCAAAUUAUUGAUCUUCGCAAUUAA